CUGCGAUUUUGUACACGGACGACUCGUUGAGUAGCCACGCGUGCCCGUCCGUUGUUGCACAUCGACAUCAACCGCUUUCAGUGCUACAGCGCGUUCCUCCGCGCUAUAUCUACAUAACCUAAAAAGUUAAACAACCCUGGUUAUUUUUAGUACUAAUAAUUGUAAUUAAUCAUAAAUACUCAUGAUUACCUCGAAUUUAUAAGUUAGUGCUUGUGAAAGUUUACGCUCAAAUAAGGGCGGACGUGGAGUGUAUUUUUGUGGAAUAAAAAGUAAAUACAAACGGCAAGCUGUGGGGAUCAGGGGCCUUUUUUUUGCCGCCGCAGGGGAUGUAUUAUCCUGUGAGUAACGGCAAUGUCAUCGAUACAGGAACACCUACCCUACUGCACAUGGUGGGGACGGGUAUGGCGGCCCCGUUCCCUGCGGCGGCGGCGGCUGCGGCAGCAGCUGCACAGUUCGCCGCCAACGGAGAUGCUCUGGCCGGUGUGAAGGCAGAAUCUGGCGGACCCACCGCUCCCCCACAACCGCCCCUCGUCAAAAGUGAAGGUCCACCGCAGCCGGCACCAUUACCACCUGCCAAUUUUUCACCUCAACCACCGCCACAGACACAUGCUCCAAAUUCAAUAGAAAAUCAGAAUAAUAGCUCACAAAGUGAAGGCGAAUCCAAUGAAGAAAGCACACCAGUAAGUGUGGCAGCGGUGGUCGCGCAACAGGCAGCAGCGGCGCACGCGGCGCAUGCGGCGGCCGCGCUUACCGCAGCUGCGGCCGGCGCAGCCGUUGCAGCGAGCGCCAAUGCUGCUGCUACCGCUAACACGGAGAAGGCCCUCGUACCGGUUUCACAAGCAUCUCAGCCCAAACGGUUACACGUCUCAAAUAUACCUUUCCGGUUUAGAGACCCUGAUCUCAGAAAUAUGUUUGGGCAAUAUGGCACAAUUCUUGAUGUAGAAAUUAUCUUCAAUGAACGUGGCUCCAAGGGAUUCGGUUUUGUAACAUUCGCAAAUAGUGGUGAUGCGGAGCGAGCACGAGAGCGUCUUCACGGCACCGUGGUUGAGGGCAGAAAGAUAGAGGUUAAUAAUGCGACGGCACGAGUGCAGACUAAGAAACCUCCGACCGUACCCAAUGUCUGUGUCCAGUGGCCGGAAGUCCCCGCGCCGGCGCUGCGCCCCCGCCCGCCGCGCCCCUCCGCGCACCCGCCGCCCUCCGCGCACACCCUCCCGCACGCCGUCCUGCCCCGCGCCGCCGCCUACGCGUCGCCGUUGCACGCAUAUGCACAUGUAUAUUACGACCCAUUCUUAGCCGCGGCUGCGACGGCUGACUCCAACUAUAGACUACAGGCGGCGAAGCCCGCAGCCGAGCAGGCCGCGGCAGCAGCGGCAGCGGCGGCGGCACCUCUACUGAAGUCGCCGUUAGCGACGGCGCAGCAAGCCGCGGCAGCCGCAGCGGCCGCCAACUACGGCGCGGCCGCGCGGGCCGCAGCCGCCGCCGUUAGCGCAGCCCCCGCCCCCGCAGCACUAGCGCCCCUCGCAGCGACGUACGGCCGAGAGUAUGCAGACCCUUAUCUAGGUCAUGGCAUAGGACCGGUCACAGGUUAUGGGACUGCUGUAUACAGGAGUGGUUACAACAGAUUUGCGCCCUACUAAGCCAGUGGAACAAAAACGUUUUUACUCGAAUAUAAAACUAUCUUUCACAUUUACCCUAACAUGACAAUGAACUCUCUUUGUAAACGUACAAAAAUAAUUCAUAAUUUAAGAUAACCAUAAUAGUGCUAGCCGAUUACUGUCUAAGUAAAGUUGGAUAGCUUAAUUAACUAUGUAUGGCGACGAAUCGACGCUGGCUUCUCGAGUCGUGGCCCGUCGUCCGUCGCUCAGCCAAGUGUCCGAUACGUCCGCUCACGUCGGGCGUUAGGAACUUAUGAAAAUACCAAAGUCAUUAAAAUUUCUAACAGAAAUAGUUUAUUAAGUUAAACUGUAUUGUAAAUUAUUUGUGUACCUAAUGCUAUACAAGUGCGAGCAGCUAAGUAAGUGCUUUUGUUCUAUUUAGAUGUUUGUAAGAGUUAUAUUUUACUAAUACACGAGAGUGAAUGUGAAUAUCUACAUUUAGUAUAUGUUACGAUGUGGUUUCAUGUAGAUGUUACACUUGUAAUAAUUGACAAUAGAAGAAUAUUUCAUGUAAACGAUAUUUAGUGAGCUUUGCACUUGCAUAUCAUAGAAAAAAAUGUAAAUAUUGGAUCCUGAACACAUUUUAAUCGUACGUUAUAACAUUUUAGUUUAGAUACUGAAACACCGCUUUGUUGUUAUCGGAAUCGCAUUAGACGUCAUCAAUUUUACAAAUUUAUAAAUGGAACGCUAGCUCGUCUCGUGUCUCAUUAUUACAGAUGGCGCUCAACAAAAAGACAAAUAGAAUUGUUCUAUAACAAUAGACUAGGUUCGCAAAAUUAGUUUUAUUUAUAACGAUCUAUGUGGUGCGAUUUUCAUACGGUGCCAUGUAUUUGGUUGUUAUUUUACAAAUAUAUUUUUUCAGAAGUUACCUUCUACCCUAAAUAAAUAUUAAAUAAAUACUAUUUUUAAUAGUUAUAGAUAUGUGCGGCCGUACAGCGGUGCUGUUGGUUGCGCGUGCGCUGCGAUCCUGCGUUUACAUUACUCAAUAGGUUAUGCUUUUAUAGCUUCUAAAGUUCACAAUACAGUGCCCAAAUGUUACAGACAAAUUGUGGAAAGCCAAAUCCUGUUCGUGUUAAAUUAGCAAUUAUUUUAGUACUCGCUAUGUACAAUUUGCUUCUCGUUUAUAGUACCUACAUGUAUCAAAAAUAUUUACUUUCGUUUUCUAUAAAAUCGAAUUAUUGAACGCUAGGUAAUAAUGUUUAAUAUUUUACUGAGACGUAGACAUAACGCUUUAGAUGUAGUGUUUAAGUAAAGAAGGGAACUCCAUCGAGUUCUUACAUAUCAUUGAGAUUUCUCCCUGUAAUUAUGUUCAGUACCGUAGAUCUGAAUUUGUACGGUGUGUAUUUAUAUGCUAUUUUAAUACUUUUAUCUGGUAUACUUUCAUUUAAACAAUGGAACAAACACGCGUACGGGUCCAACCCUUUUAAACGUCGUCGUAAUUUAGAUCUAACAAUUUGCAUUAGGAUUGUAAAAAUAACAACAACUGUGAAUUCGCUCAAAGUUUAUACCAAAGCACAAAACCCAUCGAUUCAUACGUAAUCAGAGCGUUUGCAUGUCAUUAACCACUUGUCCAUAGAUUUCAUAGUCUUUCAUUCAGAAAAACUUACAAAAUCUGUGAGUCUUUUAAACGUUCAAAAACAAUAUUUUCAUUUUAAGUAAUUACGUUAUAGCAAAGUAAUUUUCUAUAUGAACAUAUCUAUUUGCCAUCUAGAGUAGUUUUUUAAAAUAGUUCAAUGAUAUGAUAUAUGAAUAUAGAUCUGAAAUGAUUCGUUUCAUGUUGACGAUUGCUCUAUUGAUAUUGUUGUAAAUUUGUAGUGUUAAAAUCAUAUAAAGUGAUAAUUUUAUGCUUCGAUACUUAUCUCAGUUUGUAUAAUGAACUUUCGAAUUGUCUUAAUAUUGUUUAAAGUCCACAAGGAUCCCGCGUAAUAGUUCUAUGCUAACAUAUCAACAGAAAUGUUCCCCUGGUAUACUCUGAAGCUACGUUUCAACACGGUGUCGUCUACGAUGAUAGCUUUAAUUAUUUAAAAAGUUAAGAUGAGUGAGUUAUGGUCACCUGUUGUGCUGAUUCGGUAGCAAGCUCAUAGGCACACAAUUUUAGCAUACGUAACUCGAUAGCGAUCCCAUGACAUGGAUAUUUUAAUCUUGCAGUUCUAGUCUUUUUGCGCACAAACUAUAAUAGUUAAAGGUGCUGAUUCGUAAAUAUUCAUGUGAAUUUAACGGAGUAUAUUUUCAUACACCUUUCCGAAUUUGAUUUGAUGUAGAUCUUUUGUUCUGUAGUGUCUAUUUGUUAAGGUCUUCGUGUCAUAUUAUUCAUUUGAUAGAUUACGAUCGUUUCACUCACCUCUUAGUGCCACUGGCUUAAUAUUAAUUAUGCAUAGGUUAUAGUUAUUAUUUUAUCGGACUGUAGUCAGUCAUGUUGCAGCUGCGAACAAUCAUUUGCGCUUUACCGCUGAAUACUCAUGCGUAAAUGCAUUAUUUUAAGUGAAUAUAUUUAGUUUUAUAGGCAUUAGCUGUUUUUUUUAAUGCAAGUUUUUUAUCUAAGUACAUUGUAAAAGUACAUGUGAUUUCUAAAUGAUUUUAAUUAUUAGUUUUUAUAUAUAUUUUGUCUAGAGACAAUUCAUGUCACAAUUUUUUUUUUAUAAUUUUCUACAAUUUAAACCACCAAUGUUAAUCGUAAGUUAUAUAAAUCAGGCAUGUUUUAGACUAGGGAUUCAGAUGAAAACGACAGAUGGACCAAAUGUUGGACUGAUCAAUUUUCAACAUUGAUUUUAAACCUACUCUUUAUUCCCCAGUCUAAAAGUCGCCAUGUUCAUUUGAUCUAUGUAGAUAGUACGAUUGUUUCUUUUUAUUAUUAUUAUUUUCUGUUACGACUCCAUAGGUCAUUUGUUCAAAUCACAAAAGUAAACUGAUCAUAUGGAAUAUUCUUUUAUGAGACUCAAAAUCUAAGCCAAAUUGUUACUCGGGGAAAAAUUGAAUUUAAAUGACAUAUCUGACAAAAUGGUUAGUGUGCUACGUUAAGAUUUGAAAAAAAAAAUCAUCAAGAACAAUGUAUUAUAAAAUAUGGUAAUCAUUAAAUUAAGGAUAAUGUGUAUUUUGUAACGCGAUUUGUUUCUCAGUUUUUAUGAGAUGUUAAAUUAAAAUUUUCAUACUAUUCUCGUUUCUUUAUGCUGUGCACAAAUUAUACGAUCGACGGCUUCGAUUCUAAUCAUUAGAUCUAAAACGAGUUGUUAUAUUGUGCAUAAUAAAACGUCAUAUCAAUAGUGUUGUUAGCGAAAAUCGAUGUUUGCUGGCAACACCAAAACCAACAAUGACUACUGUUAUAAGGGGCGUGUGAGUGUGUGAGGCCGCGCCUCUCGCGUCGUCGCGUCUAGCGUCGCAGUAUAGUGUCUGUAAUGCAUCCGUAAUGAAAUAUAAGACUAUAUUGCUAAUAAAAAUCUUCAUUGUCAAAAGUAUUAAAUGUAUCUACUCAAUUUCCUAGCAGCAGUGUGGAUGUAUCUGCCAUGGAACAUUAUACCUACUAGGAGUUACAAAGUGGCGCGUGGCCGGCGGACGCAAGGUGGCUGCGGCCAGCUCGCGUUGCCAACUGUAUAUAGUGUUAUCGGCGGAAUCGCCGCCGCAUGUUGUGCGUAUGAUUUGUAACCUCGGGUUUAUAUUGUUAACGUAGCCGGAGUUGAUAAGUAUCACUUGUUCGUCAAUUGCACUCGUCGACGCUGUUCAGUUAGUGUAGUAGUGUACUCAUAUUAGCAGGGUUAUUAUAACAUUUAUGCCUGUAUAUCCAAGUGUCUAAUAUUAUAUUAAAGUCGUAGGCGUGCCACAAUCUCUACUUGUAAUGUGGACACAUCAUUUCCGAUCGUAGUUAACGGCAUGUCUAUGAGUUUAAUGACGAUUUGUUAUUUAUAUAAAAAAGAGGGAACAUCGGUAGACGUAGCGCAUACUGUUUGUCAAUAGUGAUUUGUAAAUGAGCUGUAUUUGUUUUCGUGUGACUUGCAAAGGCAUUCCUGCGAGGAAAGUUUAAUUUUGUAAAGGAAAUUAACUACCCAUACUGUAACAACAUAACUGUACUUCAACAGAAGACGAGCGGAUGUCUAUUUAACCAUGUAGAAAUAACCGUAUUUAGUUGAUUUAUGAUGUACAUAAGUACUGUUAUUGCAUAUUAGAUAGCCUGUUUACAAAUGCAUUCGCUCGUCUUCCCAUCACCGGCGAAAGUGUUGCCAUUACGAGGCGUAUGGGAUAUAACAGCUCACCGUUGCUUUGUAUAUUGUGUUCAGCUAUUAGUCCGGUGUUUCAAUACCGGCGGGGGUGUGCAGAGACACGGACGGUACAGGAGUAUGCGUUACGGGGCCGCGGACGGCGCCGUUCGCGGCUCUGAGGGCCGACAUGUGUUUGGAUACGAUUACAGUACCGUGCUCAAUUUCCGUAUGUGUAUGUUGUACGUGUAAUGUUAAAACUAAAUGUUUUUGAAAAUUAAUAUUACCUACAAUAGAUUUGUUACAUAAUGAAUGUCUUCCGUUUGGCACAGUUUACAUAGAUUCAUCGCACAUUUUAUUGUUGCACGUCGAUCCUAUUAAGGGAAGUGCGGUUUUAGAAUGAACAUUCAUCGAGCCGAGUGCACAGCGAGCUCCCUCAUACGAUUUGUGAUAAUCUAAUAAUGAAUGGAUUUUACCUUUUUCGUGUGGCAAUUUUAAAAUGAAUUGCAGAGCUGAUUUUUCUCUUUUAUUGUAAAUAUAUAUUUUUUCCAAUGAGAAUAAUGAAUGAAGUAAAUCAUUUAAAGCCUUUGGCGUUGUGUACUCAUUUACGUUAUUAAUAAAUUAUAGUAUGAA